UCUAGGUAAUAAUUAUAUAUUAUACACGUAAUAGUAACAUAAUAUUAUACGUGGCACGCCUAUGGGUACCUAACAAGAAGUAGAAGAUAUUGAAAAUGUACUUCUGUUAAUCAGAACCUCCUUGGCCAAAUAGAACUAAGAAAAGAAAUCAAUGUCAAAUCAUAAAGGUUGAUCGAUUUUAGAAAGCAAGUGACAGAUUUUGGACAGAUCCAAGAUCAUCAUCCUAUCAAACUGACGAACAAUGGGCACUUCAGAGUUUCCCGUAUAAUAACCGUUACCAUCCAAACCCAACCACCUACCAUAAUGAAAAUGUCGGCCACCGCCGCUCGUAGGUAAUAUGUGACGCUACCAGAGACACCGAUCAUGCAGUGCAACCAGCCUUUUAUCGCCACCAGCCCUCCAAACUGUCCCCAGUUUUUUCCUUAUAACCCAGGAUAUCAACCGUGCAAUUCAUAUCCGGACGUGGUAGGGGAGGGCGAAGUGACGACUAUAGUGCUCCCUGACGGAAACGUGCAGCACUUCUUCACGCCUACUUCGCGCUGGACACCGUACACUGCCAAUCCUAAUAGUUUCUGGAACCCCACGGCUGGAGCUUGGUAUAUCAGAAGUGUGUCUAGUUCGCCGCAGUGUCCAUUGUACUGCCAGCAACCGAGCUUACCAUGUGGCGUGCCAAGGAUCAAUUUCGGUUGCAACAGCCACAUGGCUCUGCCACCUUCACGAGGAUACGAGCUAAAGUUUCACAACGAUGGCCGGACUUCAACGACGGACCUUCAAUAUUUCUUCCCGCGCAUGUGUCAACGUAACAUAAUAGCCCAAUCUUGCGCCGGCGUUCAAGUAACGACGCCGGAUUGCUCCUGUAAAUGUGAAGUGGUACGUGACAGUCAAUGUCCCUGUAGCCCCGACUGUGCUGGAUCGUGCAAAACUAGCAAGAAGCCGAAAGAAAAUGUUGUAUGUGAAUGCUAUAAAGAUUCGAAGCGGACCGCAGGAAAAGACAGUGACAUGUCAAUUGAUGAUAAUAAAAAAUCAUGUCUAAAGAAGGUCGAAAAGAAAAACAAAGACAUCCAAUGUCAAUACAGUACUAGUGACUCGUCGCUGGACAGAAGCUGUGGGUGGGGAAAGAAAUCUUCUAAAGCAAAACGUUGUGACACUACAUGCUCGUCGACAUCUACUUCAGUUAGCGAUUGCUCUACGUCCACAAGGAGCCGGGAAAAACGGCGAAAGGCGCAAGAAAAGGCGUGGAAAAAGCAGGAAAAGAUAUAUCAGAAGCGUCAAAAGGAAAAAGAAAAGAAACGGAAACAGGAAAGAAUUAAAAAAGAGAAAGCAAACAAGAAGAGACAGAAGAAGUGCAUGUCGCAGGGCACCCAGAGCGAUGACGAGUCCUUCACAUGUUCAUUAUGUGAAUCGUGCUUUGACUGUGACUCGAAGGAAACGUCCACGGAAUGUAGUCGAAGCUGUUCCACAGACGACUUACUGCAACCCAGCUUUUGUGCCUUGCAAAAGGAACGUUACCAAGUACAAUUAAAGUCUGAAAAGAAACUGAAGAAACUACUAGAGACGGAGCGAAAGAAAAUUGAAAAAGACCGACGAAAACAGGAAAAGGAGACCAAAAAGCAUGCAAAAACUACAAAACAGAGCCAAGCAAAGAUGAAUAUCGAUUGCGAUACAGAUCUCUGCAACUGUCCUUCGGUAACAGAGUUCGACGGAAUACAGAGUUUAAUGUCUGUUGAUCGAAAACCUACAGACCCCAGGUGCACAAUAGGAUGCCAGCUAUUAAAUAUUUAUGAAGGUACAACUAAAGAUUUCAGCAGUGAAGUGUGCACAUGUCAACCUACUACCAACAAGAUAUCAGCUACAUAUUCCGAGCAGGCGAGCGGUGGCGCUUUCCAAUGUAUCUUCCCUUCAGACUUGACAUGUUACAAAAUACCGGACGACAGUGAUUUUGUUGAUUAAAGAUGUUUAAUGCCUGUCAGUGCAAGUUCCCAGUCCCGUUAUCAAGAGAAACGGCAAUGAAACCACGGCUGUUGUGUGU